AUGGCCUCUUGCUGCAGCGCACGUUGCUUUCUCUGCACAUGCAUCUCUACCGCGCUUCUCACCUUCUUGCUUAUGCAAAUUUCUCAGCAGUUCGAAUCUAAACUUUGGCGGUCCUAUGCAAUCAUCAUACUCACCGAAAACCAGAGCCACCCAAACGUGACUUCGGACUUCGACGACAUCUUGGCUCGGGUGCAGUCGGCAGCGCCGAAGCCUGCCCAGGCAUCGAUCGCCAUCAACCUGAAAAGGAGCAGAGCGCCAUCUGCGUGCAAAGAAACGGCAGGUGCGAAUCACACAGGCGCAGCGAUCAUGGUGGUGGGCCUCUGGGGGAAUUUCCUUGAUCCCAUCAGCAGUAGCAAAACGCUCUGGCUAAAGGAGUUCAACGAAACUGGUCGUGCAGCCCUUCUUCGCAAAGGGAUCUCCACAAUCUCCAAAUCACAGCAGGUCCACGUGCUGGAGCCAUUGAAGUCCUUUGGAUUUAUACCUGAAUAUUUCGUGUGCACGGAGCAGCUUGCCGGCGAGAUGCCAUCUUGGGUGACUGCGGCGUUUGCUUUCGAUGCACCAAAUCAGAGGAUGAGACUGAGGAGCUGCCUUCAACUUGUCCUCCAGAGGGAGGCAAAGUGUAACCUUCGGUAUUCCGUCUUCAUGAAGAUCCGACCCGACUUCCUCACGCUGACGGAUAUCCCAAACCCCGUAAGAGCGCUGAAAGUUGGAUGUUUCCUGAGUCGCGUGCGUUCAGCUAACCACAUUGAAGGCCUCACGAAUGAGCAUCUUUCAUACUGUUACUGCAGCAAAGAUUGCUGCAAAGGGAACUUGCCCCAAGCCAGUCAUAAAGACAACACCCGGGAUUUCAUGGUGGAUGAUAUGGCCUUCGUUGCAGGCAGAGAUGUGUUUUUGCGCAUUUGGCAGGGUCAAGGGUCGCCCCGUGAGCCCUUGCCAGCCCUGCCAUCUUGGCCAAAGAUGCCGCCCAGCUUUCCGGAAGCUCAAUUUACAACCGUGUUACUUCAGAAAGGUGUGCCUGUUUGCCCGUUGGCACUGCGCGGCCUGCCUUUGUCUUCAGUUUACGGUGCUUAUCACAUGGAACAAUCCCGUGGAUGCGGCUAUAUUGAGGGUGGUGGAUCCAUCAAGCAAAAGUGUGGCAGCUCCCUAAAUGGGUCGCACAUACUGCAGCCAUUUUAG